GCGACAACACACUAAAAAAUGCGUAGCUAACGACAAAACGUUGCCUUUUAACGAUCAGUAGAAAGCAAGUGAUGAAUAAAAGUAUAUCAGAGCUUCUUACGAAGGUACAUGGUAGAAAUAAUCCAGUAUCGUAAUUUUAGAUAAAUGAUUCCCUAAAAGACAUAACCUCGAUUACUUUAUUGCGUUACUGCGGAGGUAUGAUUCGCAUUAAACUGUAGCAGAAAAUGCCCAAAGUCUCGGAUUCAACGUUUCCUCCGGGAUGUAAAGGUCUUCCUGAGGGCUUCUGGUCAGCGGUGGAGGUGUGGCUGAAAAAGCCUCAUGUUGUCAACAAGCGUCUUUGCGGAGCCACCGUGACUGAGAGCAGAGACGUGGACAUAGAAGACCUGAGGACCCUGCUGGGGACUGAUGAUGGAGAACUGCACCAGGAUGUAUCUGCGUUCCUCUGCAGCGGAGCCUCACCUGCACACACACACCAGGGGGACAAACCCUGGUGCUCCACUGUCAGGACAUUUAUCCCUAAAGUCAGCUGCUAUGGUGCAAAGAGGCAGAAGGAAAUCGUACUGAAAGACUCUGACAGACAACACGUGACCUUUCUGCCUUUUGAGGAGGACCCAGCUGCAGGGAAGACAUCCUUAAAGAAGAGCAACAUUUAUCAGAUCAGGCUCUGCAGUGUGGGAUUUGACCAAUGGGCUUUGGAGCUUCACGUGUUGACGUCAGAUGGGUGGUUCUCCGAUGGCGUUGCCUAUCCCAGGCUGCCCUGGCUGUCCUCCGAUCUGCUGCCUAAACUGGUGCGCUGGGCCGCCGAGUCCAAGAGCAGCGAGUUCAAGAGCACCCUGUCUCUGCUGCCAGUGGAGAAGUACAGCCUCAUGUACCAGCAGCUGAAGGAGAAGUACAAGAGCAUGGUCCAGGUUUGGCCAGAGGUUACCGAUCCUGAGAAGUUUGUGUUUGAGGAUGUUGCUAUAGCUACUUAUCUCCUGGUUCUGUGGUCUGAGGAAAGAGCAGCGAAAAGUCAGACUGAUCCGCAGUCCUUUGUGGACCUCGGCUGUGGAAACGGCCUCCUGGUUCACAUACUGACCAAUGAAGGGCACCCAGGGAAGGGCUUGGACGUCCGUAGGAGGAAGAUCUGGGACAUGUACGGCUCUCAGACGCUGCUGGAGGAAAAGGCAAUUACUCCGAGCGAGAGCUUCUUAUUCCCGGAGACGGACUGGCUGAUUGGGAACCACUCGGACGAGCUCACGCCGUGGAUCCCCGUCAUAGCGGCCAGGUCAUCUUACUCCUGUCGUUUCUUUGUCCUCCCCUGCUGUUUCUUCGACUUCUACGGGAAGUAUCAGAGGCGCCAGUGUAAGAAGUCUCAGUAUAAAGAGUACAUCGACUUCAUUGCAGAGGUCAGCCAGGUCUGCGGCUUCAACACAGAAGAAGAUUGCCUGAGAAUCCCCUCCACCAAGCGGGUGUGCCUGGUGGGAACGUCCAGGAGCUACAAGCAGGCCGACGAGGCCGAUUUAGAGCAGAGGAGGGCUUGUUACAUUCAGGGUCGCAAGGCCUCCUACGGGGCAACAGUUCAAGGGUCGGGUGUCAGAAACGUUAAGGAUUGUUGCCAUGGGAACACAAAGUGUGACGGGAUGUCAGAGAGCAGGUGGGAAGAUGGCUUCCAGCCGAGGAACGCUGUGGAAACGGUUCGAAACUGCGCUGCUCUGCCGCGAGACUUUGUGGACGGAGUCGUCCUGAAGGUUGCUUCUACCCUACUGGAAAUGUCGGAGGAGGAGUCCCUCGGUGACUGGAAUAAAGGAGGUAGCCUGUCUUUGAGAGAGGUGGCUGCUUUAUUGGAGCAGGAAACCCUGAAGCUCCUGAAGAAAGAGUGCGGAGGCCUCCAGACCCUGCUCAGGAACAACCACCAGGUCUUUAGAGUGGAAGGAGGGACUGUCUACAUCAGAGACUGGAGGGAUAGGGCAGAGAGCCAGAGGAGGCCCGCCACAUCCGGGGCUCUAAAAACUCGUCUUUGCUGGUUUCAUGCCCAUCACCCUCAGGGUUGUCCCCUGCAGGAACAAAACUGUAAUUUCGCACAUGGAGCUGAUGACCUUCGACCUUCAACAAGGCCUCUUAAGAAACUGAAGACCUUUUGACUGGAUCAGUAUCUCCUAAAUACCUUUAAACAUGUUAUUUUUCACAUGAAUUUGAAAUAAAUUUUGAAUGAUGUUUCAGUUAAAGACUAAUUAUUUUGGUGAGCUGGUACCCAGGAGA